AUGAAAAACUUUACCAAAGGAGAAGUCAAAUCGACUUUCGUGUCUCUCGCAUCGUGUUUAAUACUCCUUCCCGCCAUUUGCUGCUCAGGCAAAACUUCAGGCCAUAAAAUCAGUAAACAGCAAUUACCCGUCCACUCCGAAGAUUGGAUGAUCCUCGGCAGCCAUGGCCUAAUGCUUACUCACUACCAAACCGGGCCUAAACAAGUCAAUGGCAUUCCGGUCAUCUCUCGCAGGGACAGCGAUGUCCCCCUCUUCUCUUCUACCUUGACCGGCUUGACGAGUAGCCAAGAGGAUUUCCUUGACUGGGACUCCGACCUCGUGGCGGACCUCAAGAGCGCACCUUUGCAAACCGCUACCUCUCGCGAUGUCGUCACACGCAGUGGAUUGGUCCAUCUCACCCGGAACUCUCGAGGACAAGAUGCGGUUCGAAUUGAAGCUUCAUCUCUGUUGAAGAAGCCCCUCACACUCUCCCCUUACACUUCUAACAAAACCGCCAAGCGAUUCACACCAGUCAAGCGCUCCUCGUCGAAGCAAAAGCCGAAGAACCCCAAAGUCGAUACCAAAGCCAUCUCCAAAGCUAAAGGCUUGUCGGCACUAUUAAACUCAAACCAACCACAACUAGAUGUCAUGAAGGGUGCAAUCAUUCAAACAAAAAUCACCUGGUACACCGGCCAUGACUUAUUGAAUCCUUAUUGCGCACAAAAAUCCGGAUGGACUCCUACCGACAGCUCCUUAAUCAUCGCUGUCACUCAAGAGUGGAAAAUGAGACCCAAAUGCGGGGAUUUCUUCGAGUUGGUGGUUGUCGACAAGCACGUUGGUCAAGUCGGGAAGUCCGUCAUUGCCAGAGUUGUUGACCUCUGUGGAGGAUGUGCACCACAGGUUGCUCAUGCAGACUUAAGCAAAGCCGCUUUCACUCGCCUCUUCAACCUUGAUGUCGGUGUUGUCUCUGGCCUCGCCAUGCGGAAGGUCGCACCACCCAAAAAGUGGAACGUAGCUCUCUAUGGUCCUCGGAUACUCUAA